CAAAAUCUUAUAAAUUUAAAUACAGUAAUAAAUUAUGAGUAGAAAUAAUCUUGGCCGGACCGCUGGUUUGGAAGUUUGGAUAGAAAAAGAAGCGGCAUUCAACAGAGCCUCGCACAUUAAUUACCGCCGGAGCAAUUCCAUUCUCCACCUAAUUCCACUCAUUACUACGGAAUUCUUCCAUAUUCGUUCUUAAUUAUCUUCUCCCGAAGUCAGAAAUCAUUCCCCGUUAAGCAGGUGAAGAAUCAAUACUGGUGUCGUAAAAUGAUGGUUUCCUUGAGCAAUGCGCUAGUCCUUUGUCCUCAGCAACAAUGGGACAUUGCAGCCAGAGUAGCAUUGCGCUCUUCUAAUGGCCGCUUCACGUGCUCGAGUAAAGGGUACAACCGUUUUCCAAUUCGUCUCACGCUCUCGAGUUCGAAAAGACGGGCGAGGGCCGCUGCAGAAGGGUUGUGGGAAGACCCCGACGAUGGGAGUGAUGACAGUGAGUUCGAGGAUGAUUAUGACGACAACGACGAAGAAGAAGACGAGGAAGCGGAGGAGGAUUAUAGGAGUGAUUGGGAGAACAAUGGGAAUGAUAAGGUUGUCGCUAGCAAAGCUGAAGCCUUGUCUAUGAAACAGUACGAGGAAAGUCUUGUUAGAGAUGUUGAGCACAUGUUGAGGCCGGAGGAAAUAGCAAUUUUGGAGCAGAACAAAACUCCUAACCUAGAUAUAUUGUCAACGGAGAAAUGGAAGCCUUUCCAUACCUUUGCUCUAGCUGGACAAAUAAAAUUUAUGGAUGGUCUCCUCGAGAAUGGAUAUGAUAUCGAGCUAGUUGAUAAGGGUGGGUCGACUGCGCUGCAUCUGGCAGUCAUUGGAAAGAGAGAGGCCGUCAUUAGUCAUCUCUUGAGGAAAGGAGCAAAUCCUGAAGCACGAGAUCAGGACGGUGUUACUGCCCUCCAUUAUGCUGUUCAAGUAGGGGCGAUGCAAACUGUGAAACUGUUGAUGAAGUACAAGGUUGAUGUGAACGUCGCUGAUAACGAAGGAUGGACACCAUUGCACGUGGCAAUGCAGACGAGAAACAGAUACAUAGCGAAGAUCUUGUUAGUUAAUGGCGCUGACAUAAACAGGAGGAACAAGGAUGGGAAUACGCCCCUUGAUCUUAGCUUAUGUUAUGGCAAAGAGUUCAAGACGUAUGAUCUUGCCAAAAUGUUGAAACAAGUUGCUGGUAGCAGAAAUCUCGAUUUAGGCAGAAUUGGAGUGUGAAAGAUGGAGACAUGAUGUUGCAGAAAUCUCUUUUGAAGCUUUAUGUUGCUGUCUCAUUCAUGGGAUUAAUCUUUCAUACGCCAAUGAAGAAAAUGUAUUAUAGGA